GACGCGGUCCAGACCUAGAGCACCAUGUGGGUGGUCUCAAAGGUCGAGGACGCAGUCCAGACCUAGAGCACCAAGUGAAUGAUCCCAAAGGUCGAAGACGCAGUCCAGACUGUAGGGAUUCAUCCAAUGACGGGGAAGAGGAAAGGGUUGUCCUUGCUCCACGUGUUGCAGUUCGUGAUGGGAAACUCGUGUUGGAACAUUAUGACGAUGAUUUACCGAGUGAUGAGGAGGAUAUCUGCGUUCAAAGUCAAGGGAUUGGGGAAGCUCAAGGUGAUCGUGAAAUUCGGAGUCCUCGUGUAGCAGUUCUUGAACACAAUCCAGAUCAUGAACGUGACGAAGAUAAUCCACGUGGUGACCAGGAGAAGAUUUGUGAUCCUGAAGUUUAUGCGCAAUUAGUUCUCAACCAGGGCCUGAAGGUUGACGAGUCAGUGGUGGAACACUUGUUCGAGUUAUUACCGGACCAGAGAAUCUCCAGAAAAACCGAUGAGUGUGCAUAUGCAGGGUCGCCGCCGAAGGCAUGGGCGUCUGGAGUGUACCGUCAUGGGGGAGUACUGGGAGUUAGAAACUCGACAAAGGACUAUCCGCUGGCCACCAAGGUUGUGAACUUGUUCAUCCAGGAGAAGCUCGGAGAUCAUGCUUGCUGGUCUACAUUCUCAAUGCAUCGGAACUUGAAUGUGAAGAAGCAUCGUGACUCACACAACGCAAGAGACAAGGCCUCUUAUUUGAUCCCCAUCAGCGACUUCAAGGAUGGCGGUUUGUGGGUUCAGCUCAAGACCGGUGAAGAAGCCAAGGAAGAGGACGUGGUUAUCCUAGAUGGAGAUAGAGGACUUGUGAAGGGUUUUCAGUCCGAGGAGGGGAAUAAACAAGUGGUCACGUUUGAUCCCAGAAGAUGGCAUGCCACAAGACAAUGGAGUGGAGAUCGUUUAGUCCUUGCGGUCUACAAUGUGAGGGGUCUCGAGAAGAUCAACAGUUUCGACAAGGAGAUCGUCGAGAGGGUUCCCAACUUCGAGCCAGGGGACAUGUCGUCGGAUUGGCUUAAAGUGUGUAAGGUGCACAACGCGGUGGUCGAUGUCGAGGAGGUGAUUGUUAUGUGGAUCCAUCGAAGAAUUGCACUUCGCCCAGUUGAAUCAGAUGAACCUCGCACGGAUGGAAGAGAUCCACCGGUGCCAGAAAUGGAUUUUCGGGGUGGGAUCCCAAGGCUAGCGAUGAUGUGUGUCCGAGAUGUAAACGACUUGAUGAAGUUCGUGGAAGUCGCGGAGGGAGAAACAUCUGAGGAAGAUGAUGUGCGAUUGAUGAAGGCAGCUCCAGAGAACAUCUACACUCCGAACAUAGAAGACAUUGUCAGCAAGGUCAGCCCUGAGAACCCAUUGAAGGUGACCCACACUGUCGAUCCUCGAGAAAUUCUACCAGUUGUGGAUGUUUGGGUUCCCGCGAUGGAAGCAGAGCUUGCAGCCUUGGACAA